AUUUUCAUAUUCAAAACAUUAUUUCCCACUUCCCAGCCCUACACACGCCGCUGAAUCUGGAGACUCCCACACCGCCGCAUUCUGCCACUCUCCUUCUUCCCAGCGCCCGGAGACUCCUCCCCAUCGGCCGGAGACUCCUUCCCAGCAGCGGCGGCGACUCCUUCCCUUCCCUUCCCAGCGGCGGGUUCUCCUUCUUCUUCCCAGCACCAGCGACCACUUCACCUUCCUCCCAGCGGCAAGCCUGGCCAGCAGCAAGCCUGGCCAGCAGCGGCGGCUCCUUCCCAGCAGCGGCAAGACUCCUUCUUCGCCGGUAAUUGGGGUAAUAAUCGACAUUGGGGUAUUGCAGUUUAUAGAAAAACAAAGAGCAUUGUAGCGAAAGAGUGAGGAGUAGCUAAACAGGAUCCAAGCUUUACUCCAACGGUAUUCUCAACUCAAUCACUAUUCUAAUGUAAAUUCUUUCCCCAUUUUAUCUAUUAAAGUUUCAGCAUGCUAGUACUCCUUUAAUUCGUGAAAUAAGUAUCGCUGAAGCUAAGGCCAUUGUUUCAAUCAACAACUUUAGUGAAGAGGCUUUGAUCUCCUGUGGCUAACUAAAAUUUGGCGAGAUAAUGGCCCCAAGAUGGAAAGGGAAAACAGCCGAAGCAAAAGCCCUAGCAGAGCCAAUGUCUGUUGUAGUCUCGAAGCUUCAAACCUCUCUGAUCGAAUCCAAUGCUCAAGGACUGCUUUCAGGGAGUGCGGUGCUUCUGGAAGCUCUCCCGGAACAAACUGAACUACUGUACCGUGCUUGUAUUGGUCGUCCUGUUAUAACUGCAGAGAAGGAUAAGCAAUGGCACCAACUAAGUUUCGAAGAAGCUCUGUACUUGUGCUCUGUCUUGAAAUGCAUCAAUGUUGCUGGUGAAAAUAAGUGUGCGAAAAGUGAUGAAGAGCUGUGGCAUUACAUGGUGGCCAAGAGAGUUGGUUUCCCUGUUCUGUUUAAAGCGUAUUCUCAUCUUCGCAGGAAGAACUGGGUGGUGAGGGCAGGGUCUCAAUAUGGUGUCGACUAUGUUGCCUACCGUUACCAUCCAGCUUUCGUGCACUCUGAAUACGCAGUCCUUGCGUUGCCUGAUGAGGUUGGCGAUGGUGAAAAUGCCCGGUUGAAGGUCUGGUCUGAUUUUCACUGCACACUUCGACUUUGUGGCAGUGUUGCGAAAACCUUGUUGGUUCUUCACAUCAGCAGAAACGGGGAAGACACCGCCUCUCUCUCGCGUUUGGAGCAUUAUUCUGUCGAGGAGAGGAUUGUGACAAGGUGGAAUCCUGAGGUAAGUCGAGAGAAUCAAACUAUGAUAGUGAAGAAAUGGUAUGAUAUAAAUCAUCCAUUCCAAGCAUAAAUUAGUGAUAUUGUAUCUGUAGAGGUAAAUUGUACGACGAUGCGACUGUUCACAUAACAAUUUCGUUGUCAAAUAUGCUUGUUCCAUCUUCUUA